ACUAAAGCGAAGCGCUGAAGCUAGAAUUUUUUACAAUUUGUAGAUAUUUUCUAUUUUUAAUCUAUUUAUUUACAUAUAUUACCUAUGAUGAAUAACAAAUUCGAUGCACUUAAGGAUGAUGACAGUGGUGAAGACAAAGAAGAAACAGAGAUUGCGGAUCAUAAAAAGUUGUCACGGGUUGUACAACGGGGUCCAGUAAAGCCUAGUCCUGGUGAACACAGACUGCAGUAUGCGUAUUCUUUAUGGUUCUCAAGGCGAACACCAGGAAAUAAAACUUCAUCAACUAACUAUGAACAAAAUAUUAAGUUGGUCGGUUCUUUUUGCUCAGUUGAACAGUUUUGGGCACUGUACAGUCAUUGUGUUCGACCGUGUGAUCUAUCUGGCCAUAGUGAUUUUCAUCUUUUUAAAGAAGGCAUAAAACCAAUGUGGGAGCAUGAUGCAAAUAAAGGUGGUGGAAAAUGGAUAGUUCGACUGAAAAAAGGACUUGCUUCAAGAUGCUGGGAAAAUCUGAUACUGGCUAUGCUUGGCGAACAGUUUAUGGUUGGAGAAGAGAUCUGUGGUGCUGUUGUGUCUAUACGAUUCCAGGAAGACAUAAUUUCAAUAUGGAAUAAAACUGCCAAUGAUCAAGCGACUACGAACAGGAUUCGAGACACUUUAAGACGAGUGCUGAACCUACCACCCAACACUAUAAUGGAAUACAAAACACAUAACGACAGUCUAAAGGAUAAUUCAAGCUUCAGAAACACUGACAUUUUCAUGAGAUAAACACUGCCAAUAGGAAGGACCCAGCUCUUUUCUAUUGUCACAACGUAUUAAUAGCAUUGAGCUGUACAUAUGUACGUCAGUUAAUCCGUUAUCAUGUUUUUGAUAUCUGAACUAUUUCACUGACUACAAUCAUCCCUUGUACAAUGCAGAACUGAUUUAAACAAAAGCCAUUGUAAUAUGUUGGUUAAGUAAAUGUUAAUUAACUUUUCUGAAAAAGGAAACUGUUAUUCCCCGCC